UAGACAAUGCAAUUAACGAGAACAGAUACAACAUUUUGGUUACUGCAGACGAUAUUAUGAAUGGAAUGUAUGAAACAAUAGCUAACAUCGAUAACCAUCGGUGAUUAAACGUAUAAAGUCCUUGGUGGAAAAUGUAAAGGGAAUAUCCAUAAAAAAGAAUUCUAUAAUUUAAAAAAAAUGGGGGAAAAAAUAUUUAUCUUUAAUCGAAGCUGUUUUUAACAGAUAGGAAGGCAAGAAUUUUAAUAAUAUCUUGUUUUAUAUGAUGAUGAGGUUGAACUUUAAAACAUUAUUACUUGUAAUAAUAGUUGCAGUAUUAAGUUCAAUAUUGACAUCAUGGAAUAAUUGUGGCAGCCCAUCGUUUUUUAAAAACACUGAUUGGAAAUCAAAAUUUCAGCAUAAAGACCGAGUAAAUUUAGAAACUGGAUAUCAGGAGAUAGAUUGUCAUAUAAAUGGUGAUUAUUCUAUUGGAUGUCGUAAAGAAGGAGAUGAAGUUUACAUACCAUUUUCAUUUAUUCAUAAAUAUUUUGAGAUUUAUGGAAAAUUAGCCACGUAUGAUGGCUUAGAAAGAUUUGAAUGGUUACACAGUUAUUCCAAAAUCGUUAAUCCUAAAGGAAAAUAUGAUCCCAGAGGAGUGUUUAUGACCUUUGAAAAUUAUAAUGUUGAAGUUCGAGAACGUGUUAAAUGUAUUAGUGGAAAUGACGGAGUACCAAUAUCUACUCAAUGGGAGAGUCAGGGAUAUUAUUAUCCUACUCAAAUUGCUCAAUUUGGAUUAUCACAUUAUAGCAAAAAUUUGACAGAACCAGAACCUCACAGAAAAGUGAUAGAUGACUCUGACAAAGUUAAAAGAGAAUGGAUUAUACCUCAAGGAUCUAUUGCAUCUAGAAUAUUUGAUAAACAUGUUAACAGUCACGUAAUGAGAUUUGCAACACCAGAAACUAGUACAUCUGGUAUUACCUUAAAAUUAGAUCAUGUACUUGAUUUUGUAUUGAAAUGGGAUUUUAAUAUUAAAGAUAAUGGAAGCAUUAUGAUCACAUUGCAAUCUAGAGAAAGAAAAGAAACGUAUUAUCUUCAUUAUGUUACUAGUAACAUAGUAUUGCAUAUAUAUAACAAUCACGUUUAUUAUGGAAUUGGUCAAAUUAAUCAUCAAUGGAGAAGAUUCACUAGAGACCUAGUAAUAGAUUUACAGAAAGGUUUAUACUUAAAUGAUAAAAAUAAAAAGAAAAUGUCUCGCUCGAAAUUAAAGAUCGUGAAAAUUACAUUGUAUGGAUCUGGAAUGAUUGAUAAUGUAACAUUAUCUACAAGCGAACACAUGGAACAAUUCUAUGAUGCAGCUAGAUGGUUUGUUAGUAACCAGAACAUUAGUUCUGGUGGAUGGGCAAAUCCUGUCAGAAGAAAAGUAGCCCCUGGAAUGGCUACCCUUGAACCUGGAUGGUAUUCUAGUAUGGGCCAAGGACAUGCAAUUUCUGUAUUAGCACGAGCAUAUUAUCAUUCGGGCGAAGAAAAAUAUUUGCAAGCUGCUAUUAGAGGUUUGCAACCUUUUAAGGUAUCUUCUAGUAAAGGCGGCGUAGCUGCAAUAUUUUUAAGCAAAUACGUGUGGUACGAAGAAUACCCUACGACACCCUCUUCAUUUAUACUUAAUGGAUUUAUUUAUUCUUUAAUUGGUUUGUAUGAUCUAAAAAGCAUAGCAACAGGUAAGGAUGCGGUAGAAGCAUCUCGCCUUUUUAAUCAGGGUAUGACAUCCUUGAAAAACAUGUUAACGCUAUACGAUACAGGUUCUGGUACUACAUAUGAUUUACGUCAUUUUACGUUAAAAACUGCUCCAAAUUUAGCUAGAUGGGAUUAUCAUUCUACUCAUAUUAAUCAACUUCUUCUUUUAAAUUCGAUCGACAAUGAUCCGAUUUUUACUACUACAGCAGAACGAUGGAUAGGUUACAUGAAUGGUAAGAGAGCUGCACACAAUUAACAUACUAUCCUUUAGCGAUAAAUUGAUUUUUGCAUUCACUUUUAUUUUUAAUUUAUUGAUAUUUAAUAUUUCGUUCCGUCUGCUCUAUUUUGUAUCAUACAUUUUGUAAAUAAAAAAAAUAGUCACAGAAUAAAGUGGACCAAACUAUACUUAUCUUUUUAUGUAAUUGUUGUUACAUGGAAACAGUAACAAUCAAAUUCAUGACAUUUGUUCGUUAUUAAUGGAUGCUGCGUAUGUACUUGGCUAUCCCAUCAUAGCAAAAUGUCAAAUUUAGUAUUUAAUAGCUAAAACUACGUAUAUUUAAAAAGACAAGCGUAUUAUUACAUUUAAAAGUAAUUUAUUUCAUUUAAUUAUAACAAAUAAAAUGCCUAUUUAGAGUAUUUCAGAUAUUUUAAAUUAAUAUUUAGAAAAAACCAUCCCUGAACAUGACUUAUGAAACUUAAUUUGUAGAUAUAAUGGAAUGAUAUAUGUAAUUGCGUUACAUGUAAAUUUUGUACUUAAAGAAUUAAACUCAACAUUUAAACUAUUUUAUAAAUA